UCGGGCGUAACGGACGCCGGUUUUAGAUCUUAGUAUCUAGUUUAUUAAUUUAUAAAAAAAAACUAUUACUUAAGUGUCGCUUUUCCAAACUAACAAGUGUUUGAAUUUUUAAAAAAUUAUGAUUUAAAUAAUUUUUUAUCGCUGUGGUGUUUACGAUUUAAAAGAUGAAUUUGAAAUAUACUGCGGGCUGAGUAAAAAAAUACAAUAAAAGGAGCACCAGUUGCCAUGAAUGGUUUGCAAAAAAGUAACUUUGACGACGAUGAAGAUGUCGAAAUUUAAAAAAAAUAUUUUUAAAAUUAUUUAAUAUUUUUUUUUCUUUUACAAGGAAAUUUUAAAUCCCAGUGUCAAAUUGUGAUGUGAUUUAUUUAGGGUUUAUUUUUUAUUUAAACAUUUUUGUGUUAGUCAAUUUUUUUUUUAAAUUUAAAUACAUUAUUUUUUAAAAAUUGUUAUUUUAAACUCGCCGCCAUUUUGGUAUCUACCCGCUUAGUUAUUUUUAAGAUCAUUAAAGUCUCUGACUUAAAAUUAUUUUAAUAAAUAUUUUAAACAUUUUUUUCAAAAAUGGAUAAAUUAAAUUUUAAAAUGGCGAACCAUUGGAGUUACAUAUUUUUUUACAUAUUUAUUUCAACAAUAAUGUACGAUGCGAAAAACGUGUUAGGAGCUCAAAUACCAUCAGGAUACUCAAGUUUAUCAACAUCGACUGCGGCAGUAGCAAGUACUGUCCGGAUCGAGUGUGCCAGCGAAUCAAUUAUCGUCCAUAUAUCAACUGAGGGUAAUACCGAUUUUCAUGGGCUUGUUUAUCCACGAGGGUUGUCUAAAAACAGCUCCUGCUUGCACGAAUACAAGAGCCAGCCAGCACCGAUCACAUAUCGAUUGCCUCUUAGAUCCUGCAAUACCAUGCCCACUGAACUGGACGAUGGUGGAAUCGAAUACUUCAAUACAAUAGUAGUCCAACCCCAUUUGAAGCUCGUCACAAAUCAAGGAAGAGGUUUUCACGUAAGAUGCCGUUAUCAGACUCGAGACAAAGUUGUUACGAACGACCAAACACGCGUUGCAAUGCUUCAAUCACUGCCAUUACAAGCUAUGGCUCCAAUGCCUGGAUGCACAAUGAAAAUAUUCAGCGGAGAUCCGAACCGUCACCACGUCGCAGAAAACGUCAAAAUCGGGGACCCGCUUACUUUGGUGAUCAGUAUCGACAAGCAAGAGAUGUUUGGGCUCAAAAUAUCCGACUGUAUUGUACGAGAUGGUCUAGGCUGGGGCGAACAGCGUCUCAUUAAUGACGAAGGAUGUCCCAUUGAUGGAGAAAUAAUGGGCCAGUUUACGUACAGUGAUGAUAAAACAGAAGCUAAAGUUAACUUUCAAGCUCACAAAUUUCCUUAUACUGCUAGCGUUUAUUACCAAUGCAAUGUUAGAUUGUGCAGUAAACAUGAAGGUGGAUGUACUGAUACGCCACCGUCAUGCAACGAAAUAAGCAGAAGAAAAAGAGCUACAGGCCGUGAGUUAGAUGACAAAGAGGUCGCAGCUUUAGAUGGUGGCACCCCUGCUACAAUUGAAGUCUACAGUGGACUUUACGUUAAUGAAGCUUCAGAUCUUGGCGGUAAAUCUGAACUGACUGAUGAUGUUUUUCGAGAAAGGACGAUUGACGAAGCUGACAGCAUAUGUAUAUCGCAAAGAAGCUUCGCGAUUGGGAUCGCUAUCGCUGGAUUGAUUCUGAUGAUUGCCGUUGUGGCAGCCAUUUUGGUAUUACUUGCUAGAAGAAGGCACAAAAAUAUUUCCACAACAGGAUCGUCAAUCUACAGCGGGCCUUACACUAACACUGCUUAUAGUCACAGCAGUUAAGGUUAUGAUUUUAUUAAAUAAUCAAUCAUCAUUUGUUUAUCGAUUAUUGAUUGAUUUAUUAGUGAAAUUGUAAUGGUUUAAUUUUUUUUUAGUUAAUAUCACAUUUCUUGCUCAAAUGUUUAAUCAUAAAUAGUAAAAUAAUUUUUUUACUAUAAAAAAAUAUUGUGGAAGAAAUUUUAGCCUCUACACUAGACGAACUAUCUCAAACUGAAUUUCAGUAACGCUUAUAAUUAUUUUUUUUAAUUACUUUUAUUUAAGUAUUUUAACGGAAAAAAAUUUAUCAAAAUUAAUAAUUAUAAUAUUAAUUAAUAAAUAUAUUUCUUCACAUUACUCGUACUUACGAUAGUGGAAUUUCAUAAAAUAGUUAAUGUCGGUAACGAACAAAAAUAAAAUAUUAAAAACUAAAGUCAUUGAAAGGGAUUUUGGGUGAUGGGUAUUAAAUUAAAAUUAUAAAAUACUUAUGAAUAAAAAUUUAAAUUAACUAAUAGCUUGUCUGAAAUAAUGAACAAAUUUCGUUAGUUUAAAUUUUUAAAGAGAAAUUAUUGAGAAACAAUCGCUUAGAUAAAAAUAAAUAUUGUAAUUAUAUUUCUUUUUGUCUCAACUGAUCUUUCUCAUCUUUUCUCUUUUGGGUUUCUUUUAUUCAUGUAAAAGAAAGGGGGGAAAAAUGGAGCCUCGGGGUGAAAUGGGCGUCAUUAAUCAUCACGAAAAUUUCAAGACGGCUCAUUUUGCCCCAUUGACACUGAAUUUUUAUUUAGAGUCUAGAAUUUUUUUUAGAUACCCAUUUUGCCCCUCUUUCUUUAUUAAUGUGCAAUAUAGUAUUUUUUAUAAAUUUAUGUACUACAAGACUCAAUGCAGUUAAUUGUAUUAAAAAAAAAAAAAAAAAAAAAA